CUUUUUGAAAAUCCACCAGAACUGUCUCCAAAGAGGAUUCGGAGUGACCUUGAGAGAAGAAACCAUGCGUAGAGUUCUCUGAGAGUUCAGGUGCUUUGAUGAGCAGAGUCUUUGAGGCACCAAGAAUCCAGAGGAGUCCCCUGUCACCCAUUCAGCUGUCUCAAAGUCAGCAAACUGAAACAAUUCCCUUCAGGAUCCCUGAACCUGUCAAAAAUGAAAAACGAACAGGUUUCAGUGUGUGUCUUCUGGACUUGCCAUCAAGAGGAUGUUUCCCUGCUUGGCUCAUAGACCAUGGCAAGUCCUCUGCCGGGUCUACUUGCAACAACGAGCCCCCCUCUCUCAGAGACCCUCCAAAAUUGCAAAGCCAUGGUUUGGUUGGAAAAAUGGAGGAGGUCUGCACAAGCUGUGGUUUAGCUUCCCUGACUCCAGACUGAUGUCUUUAACGUGGACACGCAUCCAGUGCUGUUCCACAUCAGGCAGUGGUAAAGAAGGAUCUCCAGCAGGCCCUGAGGAGCCAAAGCCCAUUGACAAAGCACAGAUGGCACAGAGCUUGGCAAAAGCAGCAGAUUCCAAAACUCAAGGUCUGACUAAAGCAGAGAGCAUUCAAGUGAAAGUACGGGCUGUCCUUAAAAAGAGGGAAUAUGGCACCAGAUACACGCAAAAUAAUUUCAUCACCGCCGUCAGAGCUAUGAAUGAGUUCUGUCUCAAACCCAGUGACCUUGAGCAGCUUAGAAAGAUCCGUCGGCGCAGUCCCCAUGAUGAUACAGAGGCCUUCACCGUCUUCCUGCGAUCAGAUGUGGAGGCAAAAGCACUGGAUGUAUGGGGAAGUCAAGAGGCACUUGCUCGAGAGAGGAAUCUAAGAAAAGAGGUGGAAAGGGAGUAUCAAGAAAACAUUUUUAGAAAUCAGCAGCUGUUGAAGGAGUACAAAGAUUUUUGGGGGAACACAAAGCCUCGAUCAGGGAAGAGGACAACAUUUCUACAAGGGCCGGGAAAAGUGGUGAUGGUAGCUAUUUGCAUAAAUGGGCUGAAUUUUUUCUUCAAGUUGUUGGCAUGGGUUUACACUGGAUCUGCCAGUAUGUUUUCAGAAGCCAUCCACUCUCUGGCUGAUACCUGUAACCAGGCUCUUCUUGCACUAGGCAUCAGUCAAUCUGUCCGAAAUCCAGAUGCCGUCCACCCGUACGGCUUCUCCAACAUGCGUUACAUCGCCUCUCUCAUUAGCGGAGUGGGAAUCUUUAUGAUGGGCGCUGGCCUGUCCUGGUAUCACGGCAUUAUGGGGCUCCUGCACCCUCAUCAAAUGGAAUCACUGCUCUGGGCGUACUGUAUCUUAGCAGGCUCUUUGGUGUCUGAAGGAGCUACACUGUUAGUGGCCUUUAACGAGAUCAAGAAGAGUGCACAUAAACAAGGCGUGUCCUUUUAUGAGUACGUGAUGCAAAGCCGAGACCCAAGCACUAAUGUUGUACUGCUGGAGGAUGCUGCUGCAGUGCUGGGGGUGGUGCUGGCAGCUGGAUGCAUGGGACUGACCUCUCUAACAGGCAACCCAUACUAUGAUAGUAUUGGUUCUCUUGGUGUGGGCACCUUGUUAGGGGCGGUGUCUGCGUUCCUCAUCUACACUAACACAGAGGCUCUGCUGGGCCGCUCCAUCCAGGCUGAGCACUUGCAGAAGCUCACAGAGUUCCUGGAAAGUGACCCUGCAGUCAGGGCGAUUCAUGACGUGAAAGCUACAGAUAUGGGGCUGAGCAAAGUGCGUUUUAAGGCGGAGGUGGACUUUGAUGGACGGGUGGUGACGCGCUCAUACCUGGAGAAGCAAGACAUUGAACAGAUCCUCAACGAGAUUCAGCAAGUUAAGACACCAGAGGAGCUGGAGAACUUUAUGCUGAAGCAUGGGGAGAACAUUAUAGAUACUUUAGGAGCGGAGGUGGACCGCCUAGAGAAAGAGCUCAAGCAACGCAAUCCUGAGGUGCGACAUGUGGAUCUGGAGAUUUUAUAAUGUCAUGACAAAUGGCAGAAUGGUUUGGAUCGAGAAGGAAGACGUAAUCAAAUUCUCUCCAACCAGCCAGACAGCUGAAGUCUUACUUUACUGCCCCGCAUCACCCAAACACUAGCCUGUAUAUGUUUUCAGUUUGUCUGCUAACCUAGCCACAGCCAAUAAUAAGAGGUCUCUGGAUUAGAUAAAUGGGUGAUAAUGAUUAUUUUAUAGUCAAUGGCUUUUGGUUCAGUGAUAGUUGCAUCAUCGGAGCUUUGAAAUCAUGUCAGUGGAUUCCAAAGGGACCAGAAACUUUUAUCAUUGAAAUUUUUGCACACAGAGCAUCAUAAACACUCAUUUCACAGAUGUUCUUUUUGUAAUACAAAGUAAACACUGGACGGCAAAAUAUGACUGUAGAGGAAUAGUGUACAUUAGUACGUACAUAGUAUGGCCAUUGUAUUAUUUCAAAACAAAGGUUGCUUUUUUGUUGUUGUUCAGAUGUACACAAAUGAUGGCAUGUUUCAUUGAUGUCAUCAUUGAGUGAAGUGGGCAAUUGAAGGAAGUUAUUAUAAGGGUGAACUAUAAUUGUAAUGUAUUGCAAAAACAACAUUUGGAGAGUAGAUCCAAUAUUUAAGUUGAUAUGUUUAUUCAUUUUAACGGGUAUGUGUUAAAUACUCCUACAAAUUUAUAAAUAAUAAUAAAAAAAGUUUUUUUUAAAGCUUCUUCAGUGAAUAUGAUCAUUUUAACUUGACUAUUUAAAAGUUGGAAUAGUUGGUCAGAUUAACUAAUUAUCAGUAAAGUGAGAACUAUAGAAUCAGAUUUAGGAAAACGGGUACCCAUCGGCCACCACAGACCCUUCUGAUGCGGACUGCUUCUUAAAUCGUCAUGUACCACCAGUGCUAACAGUACUAAUGUUAUUUUGCUGCUUUUAAAGUGCAUUUUAGACUGUUGUCAGCCCUGUAAUUUUGUGUGAAUGAAUAAGGUGGUCUUGGAUUGGUGCACAAAUUCCUAAGAUAUGUUCUAAAGUCACUAAAACACAUCCUGGGGUGGCAUUGUUAAAGGAAUUGUUCACCCAAAAAUGAAAAUCUGCUAUUCUAGAUGUGUAUGACUUCUGAAUACAAACAAAGCUUUUUAGAAGAGUAUUUCAUCUCUGUAGGUCCUCACAAUGCAAGUGAAUGGUGGACAAAACUUUAAAGCUCAAAAAGUACAUAAAGACAGCAUAAAAGUAAUCCAGACUCUAGUGGUAAAAUCCAUGUGUUCUGAAGCAAUCUGAUAAGUGUGGGUGAGAAACAGAUCAGUAAUUAAGUCCUAUUUUACUAUCAAUCUCCACUUUCAUGAACAACAUUUUGGUCACCAUUCACUUGCAUUGUGAGAAUCAACAGAGCUGAGAUUUUCUUCUAAAAAUAUUCAUUUGUGUUUUUUCCAACAUAGUUUAUGACAUGCCCUUAUGUGUAUUUGGUAUUGUAAAUAAUCCCUAACUGUGAAUAUACAAUAAUAGCAAAUGAUUCAUGUUAAAGUGUGAUAUAAGAACAAAGCAUUCAGACCAAAAUCCAGUUCAAUCAUCCAUCAUUUGCAAACUAUAGAAAAUGUGUUGUAGAUACCAUACGUGCUUUCUUGUGCUUAAGUCUACCCAUAUUAGGUUAUAAAACAUUGUAAUGUGAUCAGAGCUUUAUAACAGUUCUUACACAAUCACUAUGUUCUCUUUAAAACAAACAGACUUUUCUUAUAUAUAAUGCAUGUUGAAAACAUGCUAGGUUAGGGGCGUUUCCAGGAUUUCUGCAAGAGGUGGCAUGUGUCCAGUAAUGGGUGGCAUCCUGUAUGUUCGUCUGACGGGGAGGGGGGGUUCUAGCCCCACCCUAUCACUGAUGAAAUUUAGAUAUGUUUUGGGGAAGGCCUUUAAGACUAUAUAUAUAUAUAUAUAUAUAUAAAAUGUUUAUUUGACUGUCAGGAUGCUUUUCGUUAAGAUAUGUUGAGCUGUUUGGAGAUGCUGAAGAAAA